AUGCAACUGUCAAGCGGGGCAGCCCGGCCAGGGCCAGGCCAGGCCAGCUUGAAGUGGGGCUGGGGCACCGAGGCUAAUGACGACACAGCCAGCAACCCACCAACACGGCCUAAACUGACCAACUUGGGCCUGUCCAUUGCUCAACCCCCAUCUCGACAUCUUACCGUCCCAACAACUUCGAAGCGAUCCGAUACAAUGAGUGCAGCCCCAAAACCGCCUCCUCUCCCUACGAGGACACCGAGUACUUUGUCUAUCCCUCCUGCUAUUCCGGUAGAACAAGCCCUCGAAAAUCUGAAUGCUGCGGCAGAAGAGCUCUCUCAAACACAGGAUCAUGUCACCUUCAGCACAAUCCUCGACCUCCACACUUCGACUGCGUACAAUCGUUAUUCGUUUGCAGAUCAGAACAAACUCCUACAGGGCCUAGAAGUCCUCUUUGAGAAGAACAGUGAAUUGGCAUCUGACAUAGCAUGGGAUGCGAUUCCCAUUCUCCUCAAAUUCGCAGCUAGGCCUGUGGGUAGAGAUAGCUCCGACGCUGAGGACCAAAAGGCCGUCGUAGUACGAGCAGACCUACUGCUUGACCAAUGUGCCAAUAACGGGAACUCAAAGGAAGUGUUCCUUGUGGUCACAGGCAAGAUAAAGAAUCUCGAUUUCCGAAAGAUGCCGGAAGAGGAGGACUCCGACUCAGAGGAUAACGAAGAUGAGGACGACGAGGACUUCACCCCGAAGCAAAAGGUUUCGCCGACAGCUUUAUCAACCGCUAAAAUCCUUCUUCGACUGCUGGUUCAGGUUCAGAAGAGGUUGAGGAUGAAGACUCCAUCGAAAUUCUUUGCAACAAGUUUGAUGAGUCUGCUUAGCAUGGUAACAAAGGCGUCGAAAUCCCUUCCUCUCACGCCGCUCUGCGAUAUCUUGGACCAGAUUAUCGAAUUUGUCGUGUCUCUUGCACCAACCAAAUCAGAUACAGACGUAGAUGUUCCCAUUCAAGUCAAACUGAUACAAGCCUUCAUUACCCACGGAGUUGAGGCUUUCCUAACGUUACCGAGAGAUAAUGCCACGAUGAUGGAAUGGGCAUCAGCUUGGGAUAAAAAAGUUCGGCCUGAGAAAGUCGUCCCAAGAACUGUCGCCAGCCACGCCCAUACACACCCUCACGGAAAGGGCCCUACAGAUAGUACACAGGACAAAUUAGCAAUUGGGCAGGUUAUGGUGGCUUUUUUGAGCUUAAGUGACAGCGUUGGCAUGAACAUUGAAAACCUUCUCCAGACUUGUCUCGAUGCCAACUUUGAACCAGAAGACGAAUGCGUGGAGCCUGAAGAACCAGGUUCCCCAACUGCCCCGACAUCUGCGGAAGAGAUCCCACUUUCCUACGUUGGAUCCCUUCUCCUCCUUGCUGCUAAGCUUAAUAGAAAAGUGCUUAAAGGCGAAGAUUCGAAUUCACUGAACAUAAAGAUCUUCCCGGAGCAUGCCAAUCUAACCUCCAAAUAUCUCCCUGAAGGUGUGGAGGGCUCUGUCAUUGAUGCUUUGGUCUUCAUUGGGAGCUGGAUUAUUAGGCAAUCCAACAAAGACGGGGAGCUCUCGCAACUUGGUAAUAUUCCAAGUGACGACGACAAAUUCUUCCUAUAUAUCCAGAAAUACUCAGCUCUGUCAGCCACGCUAUCUGAGCCAGACCUCAGAGGAUUAACUUACCUUCAUGCAACUACGAUUCUCCAUUUGAACCCUCGCGAAGACUUGCGUUUAGGAUUUAUUAAGGAUACUCUUGAACACUGUCCCUUUGAGGCUCUUAAAGCAGCGAUAAUCGGGUACCUCAAGGAUGAGAUACUUGCUGCGCAGAAGGGGAAAGCGAGCGGCGCCAAGGAAUCGAUUUUCCUGAGCCCCCUUAUACUCGAUACCCUCAUAUUAAAUCUAUUCCCAGACUACGAGGAGGAGUUCCUAAAACGAGGUAUCCGAGAUGGGUGGGUUCGGUUUAAUGAGGCAUAUUCGACAAUUUCAGCUACUGCCAAUCUGUACUACUUGGUAUGGGCGAAUGACGACCUCAGGAACCACCUUAGUGUCACAAGGCCAGAUUGGUCCGCCGAAAUUCAAAGACGCUGGAUUGAAGUGAUCAAGAAGUCUUUGACAACGUUUAAGAACGUGGGCACAGGAGACGGGGUUGCAGAUGCUGACUUGAAGAAGGAAAUACAGGAUGCAAAUGUGGACUUGGAGAUGCUGUCGUACCUGCUGGACAGACUUGACGAAAUUAGGCAACAGAAAUCUUCCUGA